AUGUCAGAACCUAUCCCCGAAUCAAUACCCACGUCGGCCGACCCGCGCUCAAAGCGGCCUACCAAGAAGCGCGCCCUCACACCACGUGAUGCGCAAGCUUCACAAGUCGAAGCCCUUUUCGCGAAGCCUGACCGCGACAUCAACUUCCCUUCGUCGGCGCUCGGCAAGCCACUCUCCGCGCCUCCAGAGAUUGUCGCAAACGUCCAAGGAUCAAGCGCAGGUGCUGGCUCAGGCGAGUUCCAUGUCUACAAAGCCAGCCGGCGGCGCGAGUACGAGAGGCUGCGCAUGAUGGAUGAGGAGGUGAAACAAGAAGAGGAAGAAAAGUCGGCUAGGGAGCGACGAGAAGAGCUGGAGAAGAAGGACCGCGAAAAGACGGAGAAGAAUCGGCUGAAGCGCGAGAAGGCGCGGCUCAGGAAGGAAAGAGCGAAGCAAGGUAAGAAGGGCGACGGAAGCGAGAAGGAAGGCACACCAGCUGCCGAGGACAGCGGGAAGAAGAAACUUGCGCCUCGUGCGAAUGGCACAGCUACUAAGGCUGACGAGGAUGAUGCUGCCAACAAUGAUGGCGGAGAGGUCAAGAACGUCGAGGAGAUUGGUUUAGUCAUCGAGGACGACGACUAA